AAACCCAAACCAGAUGUUCUGAUUUCACUUUCUCGAAUUCAUCAUAAGAAGAAGAGCAAGAGCAAGAGCAAGCUUCGUCUUCCUCCGCUGGAAUGGCGAUGAUAUCCUUCAUUUCCACUGUCACUUUUACUCAACAGCUUUCAGCUCUGCCAUCUCUCGCCACCACUUCUUCCCGUCCAUUGAGCAAGAUUUGUUGCAAAAUCGAAGCCGAUGUAGGCUAUGACGGUCAUUUCAGCCGAAGAGAGGCGCUUAAGUGCUUCGGGCUAACCGUUGGCAUGGAAGUAAUAUCAAGCUCCUGGUCAUUUGCAGAGGAAGCUAAAGCAGCUGAUCUCAUACAACGCAGACAGCGCUCUGAGUUCCAAUCAAGUAUCAAGGAAAAUCUUGCAAUCGCAAUCAAGAAAAUUCCAGAUGUUGUACCAUCCUUACUCACAUUAGCUUUAAAUGAUGCUAUCACCUAUGAUAAGGCUACAAAAUCUGGAGGCCCUAAUGGAUCAAUUCGCUUCAGUUCAGAGAUUGCUAGACCAGAGAACAAAGGGCUCUUGGCUGCCCUGACGUUUUUGGAGGAAGCAAAAAAAGAGAUAGAUGGAUUUUCCAAGGGUGGUCCUAUUUCAUUCUCCGAUCUUAUCCAGUUAGGAGCACAAAGUGCUGUAAAGUCCACCUUUCUAGCUUCAGCCAUCAGGAAAUGUGGUGGAAAUGAACAGAAGGGAGCCUUACUAUAUACAGCAUAUGGUUCAAGUGGGCAGUGGGGCCUGUUUGAUAAACAAUUUGGGAGAUCAGAUGCUCAGGAGGCAGAUCCAGAAGGGAGGGUUCCAUUGUGGGAGAAAGCUAGUGUCCAGGAGAAGAAAGAUAAGUUUAAAGCCGUUGGAUUUGGUCCACGCCAGCUAGCCGUGAUGUCUGCUUUCCUGGGGCCGGAUCAAAUAGCCACAGAAACCUUGCUGGCAUCAGAUCCGGAGGUUUCUCCAUGGGUUGAAAAAUACCAAAGAAGCCGAGAAACAGUUUCCCAAACUGACUAUGAGGUUGACCUGAUAACUACAUUAACUAAAUUGAGUUCCCUGGGCCAACAGAUCAAUUACGAGGCAUACUCAUAUCCUGUUAAAAGAAUUGAGCUCAGCAAGCUAAAACUGUAAGAAGUCAAAUUGACGGUAAUAUCCUCCUGGUUGGUUGGGCUUAAAGAUAUAUAUAUAAUUGUGAAAUCGAUGCAUGCCUGUGCCCUUUUCAAAUUUAUCAACGACAUUAUAUUAUAUAUAUAUUUUGUUUACACGA